AUGGGCCUGUGUCUUCCUUCUAAGGGGCUCCAGGUUUCUCUGGAGCCCAAAGAUGUGGUACAGGACAUAGCUGUGACCUUCAUGCAGGGAGGUAUGGCAGCCGCCGGACCUUACCCAGAAGACCUUGUAUCCGGACUUGACACUGGAAAAGUACUGCAGUGUGAAGUCAGUGGUGUUGUCAGCAAAAUCCCCAAGGAACUUGCAGGCAAGGGAAGGGAGGAGGUGACGAUGCAGCUGGAGCUGGAGGCCAGCCCCCCUGAAGAGGUGACCCUCACCGAUCAUUACAUGAUCCUUAGGACCCUGGGCAAAGGCAGCUUUGCUGAGGUGAAGCUGGCCUGCCACCUCCACACGGGGGUUUGGGUUGCUGUCAAGGUCCUGGAAAGGGGCGAGAAGAACGACUCUGUUAUCAUGACUGAAAUAGACAUUGUUAAGUCACUGGACCACCCAAACAUUAUCAAGCUGUUCCAUAUCAUCGAAACCAGAGAGCACACAUACAUGGUGAUGGAGCACGCUGCCGGGGGAGACCUGGUGAGCCACAUUGAGAAGGUGGGCUGUCUGCAGGAGGAGGAGACUCGCCGCAUCUUCGCACAGAUGGUGUGUGCCGUCAACUACUGCCACGAGAACAGCAUCGCACACAGGGACAUCAAGCCAGACAACAUCCUGCUGGAUGGCAAAGGGAGUGUCAAACUGUGUGACUUCGGCCUGGCCAUCAAAGUCACAUCUGGGCAGAGGUUCAAGGGAUUCUGCGGCACCCUUGAGUACUGUGCUCCAGAGAUUUUCACCGAUGUGGAGUAUGACGCUCAGGCAAAUGACAUCUGGAGCAUGGGAGUGGUUUUGUACACGAUGGUGACAGGGCGCUUCCCGUUUGAGGCAAAGACCUAUUCCCAGAUGAAGGAGAAGAUGCUGAGACCCAAGUACUCCAUCCCACCCACGCUCUCCCUGAACAUGGCGAACCUCAUUGUGCAGUUGUUCACUGUGGACCCGGACCAGAGGCCCAAGAUCUGUGACAUUAUGCAGCACCAGUGGCUCAGGGGUGGUGAAGACCUUUCCAGACUGGCAUCUUCCUUAGAGGUAUGCCCCAGCAACCCAGCUCCCAGCAUUGUGGUGGCAAUGUGGGCCAUGGGUUACAAUGCCAAGGACAUCAGAGACUCUCUACGUGAAAAAAAAUUCAAUAACAUCAUGGCAACUUACCUGAUUUUAAAACAUCAGACACCCUGGGGGGACAAUGCUAAUCAAAUGAAGCAUGCUCAGCAUGUUGCCAUGACACCUCUAGGCCCACCCACCUUCCAUCUUCCCCUAAAGAGGACAGGGAGCGAGUCUGCUCUUCACAUCUUCACCCUGACAACCAGAGACCACGUGUCUGACCAUGCCAAGCUUUCAAGGAAGAGGGGCUGCAAAAGUCCCAGCAUGCCUGACAUCUUGUGCUGCCAGCAGAUGAGAACUCUUUUUCCUAACAAAGGUCCCCGGCAUGCUCCUGUGUCUCCUCAGCUCAUGAACAGCAGCUUUUGGGAGACCAGCAUGACCUCCAAGGGUGUGUCCUUAGGUAACACAUCCUCAGAGGAUAUUUUUUCUGAAAAAUAUUUGUCCUCCAGAACACCCCAGAUUGUUAUUGCCACCGAGAGCAGCCCAUGCACCCAGAUUGUGCCAUCCGAAAAGAACUCUGAGGAGACCUUCCGGAGUGUGGCCUUCAGUGGUACACAUGAGAGCAAGAGGUGUGGGUCCCAUCAGGAAACAUCUUCUGGAGAAAAAAUCUCAGAUGCCCAAGCGCAGAGCGCAAAGACAGCCUCUUCCCACAGUCUACACCAAGGCUGGAAGAGAGUUAAGAGGAGGAUGGGGAAUUGUGUGCGGAGGCUAUGCUGUUGCCUGCCAGCCCAGCAAACAAACCAGGCUUUCCAGAAGAAAGUGACUCCAGUGGACAGGGAGGAUAACGAAGUCACACAAAAUGAGACUGUCAGCGAGAAAACUGUAGCAGGGAAAGUUAGUAUAGGCUUGCUGCGGCGGUCUCUGAGAGCCGAGGAGGCACCAGUGAUCGCGCAUGCGCGGGGCGGAACUUCCUGUCAGCAGCGGAAGUAG